GUUGAAGUAUUUACUUUUCUUUUCUUUUUUUGAGACAGGGUCUUGCUGCAGACCAGGUUGGAGUGCAGUGGUGUGAUCAGAGCUCACUGCAGCCUGCACCUCCUGGGCUCAAGCACUCCUCCGCCUCAGCCUCCUGAGUAGUUGGAACUGCAGGUGCGCGCCACCACGCCCGGUUAACUUUUUUAUUUUUAUUUUUGUAGAGAUGGGGUCUCACUAUGUUGCCCAGGCUGGUCUCAAACUCCUGGGCUUAAUCGCUCUUCCGGUCUCUGUCCCCCAAAGUGCUGGGAUUAGAGGGGUGAGCCACCGCACCGGCCUUGAGUCCCUAUUUUCCUGGAAUGAACAUUGCAUUUCAUCUGACAAAAGGACGGUUUCAGUUUCCUCCUCUGCAAAAUGGGGUGGGGGUGGAAUUCCCAUCUUGCAGCCGAGAAUUCCGAUAAUAAACGUCAAGUACCGAGCGCGGUUGAGGCGCAGGAGCCCACCCAACGGGAGGAGCUCACUGGGACAUUCAGAGCAAUCUGGAAAAGUCGGCACGGGCAGACCCAGACGUCAUCCCCGGACCCCGCUGCCCAGCAGCGCCUGGACGCCAGCGUUGUCCGUGUCCCCGCACCGAAGCCCGCGUUUGGCCGCAACGCCCCCAGGUCCUGCUCCUCCCACGCCGCCGCGGAGCUGAUCUUCCACAGAAACCACACACAAACGUCCGUUCCGAGAGCGACCUGCUUUCUCGGAAGGCGUCGCGGCCAGAGCUCGCCCUCCUGUCGCUCCCAGGCCGGACGCCAGGUCUCCCAUAGCAACCGCGGCCUCUAGCGAUGGCCGCCAGGGCACCACCGGAACCGUCUUCGCAGGAACAGAGAGGCGGGGGUACGUGACUUCCGCUAGCGCCCGGCGGAAGCCAGGGGGCGGGGCUUGCGUGGCGGCGUCACGGGGUGGUGUCUCGGGUGGCGGGAAGAGGAGGCGCGAGAAUGGAGGUGGAGGCAGUCUGUGGUGGCCCGGGCGAGGUGGAAGCCCAGGACCCUGACCCUGCCCCUGCCUCUACCAAGGCCCCCGGCAGCGCUGGCCACUACGAGCUGCCGUGGGUUGAAAAAUAUAGGCCAGUAAAGCUGAAUGAAAUUGUCGGGAAUGAAGACACCGUGAGCAGGCUAGAGGUCUUUGCAAGGGAAGGAAAUGUGCCCAACAUCAUCAUUGCGGGCCCUCCAGGAACCGGCAAGACCACAAGCAUUCUGUGCUUGGCCCGGGCCCUGCUGGGCCCAGCACUCAAAGAUGCCGUGUUGGAACUCAAUGCUUCAAAUGACAGGGGCAUUGACGUUGUGAGGAAUAAAAUUAAAAUGUUUGCUCAACAAAAAGUCACUCUUCCCAAAGGCCGACAUAAGAUCAUCAUUCUGGAUGAAGCAGACAGUAUGACCGACGGAGCCCAGCAAGCGUUGAGGAGAACCAUGGAAAUCUACUCUAAAACCACUCGCUUCGCCCUUGCUUGUAACGCUUCGGAUAAGAUCAUCGAGCCCAUUCAGUCCCGCUGUGCAGUCCUCCGGUACACAAAGCUGACCGACGCCCAGAUCCUCACGAGGCUGAUGAAUGUUAUCGAGAAGGAGAGGGUACCCUACACUGAUGACGGCCUGGAAGCCAUCAUCUUCACCGCCCAGGGAGACAUGAGGCAGGCGCUGAACAACCUGCAGUCCACCUUCUCAGGAUUUGGCUUCAUUAACAGUGAGAACGUGUUCAAGGUCUGUGACGAGCCCCACCCACUGCUGGUAAAGGAAAUGAUCCAGCACUGUGUGAACGCCAACAUCGACGAAGCCUACAAGAUUCUUGCUCACUUGUGGCAUCUGGGCUACUCACCAGAAGAUAUCAUUGGCAACAUCUUUCGAGUGUGUAAAACUUUCCAAAUGGCAGAAUACCUGAAACUGGAGUUCAUCAAGGAAAUUGGAUACACUCACAUGAAAAUAGCGGAAGGAGUGAACUCCCUUUUGCAGAUGGCAGGCCUCCUGGCAAGGCUGUGUCAGAAGACAAUGGCCCCAGUGGCCAGUUAGAGCAGAGACUUCGCUGAAUGACUUACAGGUGCCCUAUUCUGAGGUACAGGACCCGCGGCUUUCUGAUAGAGGAAAAUGCCACCUUAGGCCGGAGCCAGCAUGACUGUCCUUUAAACUCCAGUGGCUGGCCAGGUGCGGUGGCUCACGCCUGUAAUCCCAACACUUGGGGAGGCCGAGGCAGGUGGAUCACCUGAGGUCAGAAGUUCAAGACCAGCCUGGCCAACGUGGGGAAACCCUGUCUUUACUAAAAAUAUAAAAAUUAGCUGGGUGUGGUGGCGGGCACCUGUAAUCCCAGCUACUCGGGAGGCUGUGGCAGGAGAAUCGCUUGAACCCAGGAGGUGGAGGUUGCAGUGAGCCAAGAUCACACCAUUGCACUCCAGCCUGGGCGACAGAGACUCUGUCUGGGGAAAAAAAGAAUUAAAUAAAUAAACUCCCGUGGCUUUCA